UCGGGGAGGCGGCUCUGGGGAGCCUGAACGCCCGGAGCUGCACCGCCUCCUCACGGAAUAGACGGCAUAAACUCUGGGACUCUUCCUGCACCUCCAGACCUCUCAGGAUGCUGCCGACCAUCCUCCUCCUCCUCCUUCUGGAUCACCGUACCCACCCUACAGGCCGUGCUGCCGCACCUUUCCUGGAGGUCACUCGCCGCAGCCUCCCCAGCUUCACCACCCCUUCCCAUAAACUACCCGGAAGUCCCAGAUGGCUCCCUUCUUGAGUUGCUCAGCUUGUGAGGAUCUCCCAGCAGUGCUGUUGGAAGUGCAGGGUACCUUACAGAGGCCCAUAGGACGGGAAAGCCGCAUCUCCCCUGCCAACUGCACCUGGCUCAUCCUGGGCAGCAAGGAGCAGACUGUAACAAUCAGGUUCCAAAAACUGCACCUGGCCUGUGGCUCAGAGCGCUUAAUCCUGGGCUCCCCACUCCAGCCACAGAUCUCCUUGUGUCAGGCCCCUGCCAGCCCUCUGCAGUUGCCUGGAGGCAACGUCACCAUCACCUACAGCUAUGCUGGGGCCAGAGCACCCAUGGGCCAGGGCUUCCUGCUCUCCUACAGCCAAGAUUGGCUGAUGUGCCUGCAGGAAGAGUUCCAGUGCCUAAACCAUCGCUGUGUGUCCUUGGCCCAGCGCUGCGAUGGAAUCAAUGCCUGUGGUGAUGGCUCUGAUGAGGCAGGUUGUGGCUCAGACCCCUUCCCUGACCUGACCCCAGCCCCUGUCCCCACUCCACCCUGCAAUCACACCUUGCAAGACUUCUAUGGGAUCUUUUCCUCCCCUGGAUACUCACAUGUGGCCUCAGUCUCCCACCCCCAGUCCUGCCUCUGGCUGCUAGACCCCCAUGACAGCCGUCGCCUGGCAGUGCGCUUCACAGCCCUGGACCUGGGCUAUGGAGAUGCAGUGCAUGUGUAUGAUGGUGCUGAGGCCCCUAAGACCCCCCAGCUGCUACGCAGACUCACCCACUUUAGCAAUGGCAAAGCUGUCACCGUGGAGACACUGUCUGGCCAAGCCAUAGUGGCCUACCACACAGUUGCUUGGAGCAGUGGUCGGGGCUUCAAUGCCACAUACCAUGUGCGGGGGUACUGCCUGCCUUGGGACCGACCCUGUGGCUUAGGCUCUGGCCUGGGGGCUAGUGAGGGCCUAGGUGAGCGCUGCUACAGUGAGGCACAGCGCUGCGAUGGCUCAUGGGACUGCGCCGAUGGCACAGACGAGGAAGACUGCCCCAUCUGCCCACCUGGACAUUACCCCUGUGGGGCUGCCAGCACCCCUGGUGCCACAGCCUGCUACCUGCCUGCUGACCGCUGCAACUACCAGACCUUCUGUGCUGAUGGAGCAGACGAGAGACGCUGCCGGCACUGUCAGCCUGGUAACUUCCGAUGCCGAGACGAAAAGUGUGUAUAUGAGACAUGGGUGUGCGACGGGCAGCCAGACUGUGCCGAUGGCAGCGAUGAAUGGGACUGCUCCUAUGCUCUGCCCCGCAAGGUCAUCACAGCUGCAGUCAUUGGCAGCCUAGUUUGCGGCUUGCUGCUGGUCAUCGCCCUGGGCUGCACCUGCAAGCUGUAUGCCAUUCGGACCCAGGAGUACAGUAUCUUUGCCCCCCUCUCCCGGAUGGAGGCCGAGAUCAUACAACAGCAGGCCCCUCCCUCCUAUGGGCAGCUCAUUGCCCAGGGUGCCAUCCCGCCUGUAGAGGACUUCCCUACAGAGAACCCAAAUGAUAACUCAGUGCUGGGCAACCUGCGUUCUCUGCUGCAGAUCUUGCGCCAAGAUAUGACUCCAGGGGGUGCUUCAGGAGCCCGUCGCCGCCAGCGGGGCCGCUCUGUGCGCCGCCUGGUGCGCCGUCUCCGCCGCUGGGGCCUGCUUCCUCGGGCCAACCCCCCAGCCCCGACCCCUGAGACCAGAUCCCAGGUCACACCUUCUGCUGCUCCCCUUGAGGCCCUAGAUGACAGCACAGGCCCAGCCUGCGAGGGUGGAGCAGUGGGUGGCCAGGACGGGGAACAGGCACCCCCAUUGCCUGUCAAGGCUCCCCUCCCGUCUGCCAGCAUGUCUCCAGCCCUUCCUAUUGUCCCAGAGACCCUGGGGCCACUGCCCUCAGCAUUCGUGGAGCCAUCACUGCUGUCUGGAGUGGUGCAGGCCCUGCGAGGCCGCCUUCUGCCCAGCCUUCAGACCCCAGGGCCAACCCGGACCCCAGCUGGACCCACAACAGUCCCAUCCCCAGAGGAUGAAGAUGAUGUGUUGCUGGUACCACUGGCUGAGCCAGGGGUCUGGGUGGUCGAAGCAGAGGAUGAGCCGCUGCUUGCCUAGGUGACCUGGCUUUCCUGGGGGCUGUAGUCACAGUAACAGCAACCCUUUAGGAAGGUCAGCUUCCCUUCCACCACUACCCUCCCUGGCCCUCCCACUGACUCUCUACCUGCUGUAAAGUUAGAUGUCCCUCAGGCAGGGAGAGGGUGCACACAGAGCUCCUCUGCACAUGGCCAGAGCCUCUACCUACUAGUACCCUCUCCACCACCACCACCAUUUGGGUGGUUGUUUUGAAAAAGUUAAGUUUUUAAAGGAUCAUAGGCCUGGACACUCCAUCCUUGCCAGAUCCCCACCCAAGAGAGGCCUUAAGCACCAGAAUGCCAACUGGCUGGGGACAUCCAGCCCCAAAGGAGAGGAUUUGGGCAGGGCCUCAGAUUUUGUCAACUGUGAUCCUUCCUCAAGGGCUUGCCGAUAAAAAGAGCACAACAAAUGCAUUUUUUCCCAUAGCUAGGUCCUUGCCCAAGAAGUCAAGGUUGAAAAUAAAGGAAUCAGAAUGCAA